UGUAAGUAAAACGUUAGCAAGCCGUCUUGCUUGCCUACGUCGCUAUAAUUUGAGGCAAAAUCCAUUGAUGGCUUCGUGCAGUUACGUCCUGAAGGCCGCUGUAGUGCUUUUCUGCCUUAGUCGUAUGGAUUGUGAGAGUGCAGUUUCCGGAUUCCUUGGAAAUUGUGAAGAUGGCUGGACAGCAUUCAAUAAUUCUUGCUACAAAGUGUUCAGUGAAUCGUUAACAUGGGUUUAUGCUCGCGUCUCAUGUCUAACUAUGAAAGCUGAUUUGGCAUCAAUAAGCAGCAUUGACGAGAACAAGUUUUUAUCUAAGUUGUCUGGCCAGAGUGUGUGGAUUGGUCUGAAUAGCAUCGUGCCUGUGAAACAAAGACGUUAUGUUUGGUCUGAUUCUACGCCAUUAUCAUUCUUGUCUCAUGGAAUAGACAGAGGUAGUAACCUGGGUGUUGUAGUGCUGGAAGGUGCUAGUGAAAAGGAAGGAUACUGGACUCGAAUGUCAUGUAAUGAUUCAUCUUCUUACAUCUGUCAAAAAGCAUACAAAUGCAAUGAUUUGAGAGAACCGGAGAAUGGUGUUCUACAUCCACACAAUACCAGUGUAGGCUCUGAAGCUCGCUUCAGCUGCAAUAGUGGUUACAAGCUGCAUGGGAACUCAACUCUUGUCUGUCAACAAAAUUCUCUAUGGAGUGCUAGUCCACCUGCUUGCUUAGAAAUUCUGACUCUUUUUCUGUUAAAAGAUGACGCUGAUUAUCUCACUUUCAAAAACUUUACAUCACAGUUGGCUACCAGUUUUGCCGACAACUUGAUUAAGUUGACUCAGGGAAAGACCUUGAAUACCAGUGAAUUGGAAGCAAGCAACACCAUAUUGAAUACUUUGGUCACUUUACAAGAAGAUGCUCUAGAGGAGGGGAUAAAUGUUACUAUCUCAGAUACUUACGUUUCAACAUUUGUUGGAGCUUCAAGUAUUCUCCUAACUGAUUUGAAUCGAAAAAGCUGGCUUAAUGCUAACCAAUCUUUUGGUGCUCCUUUAUUUUUGGAAACCAUGGAACGAUUUUCUCGUCUGGCUGCUUUCACAAACAAUCUUACGAUUGGAGAAAGCAAGAAUGUUACAUCUGACAACAUUGUUUUGAAACUUAUUGCUGCUUCACAAGCAACUGUUGAAGACAUCUCGUUUCCUGAUCAAGUACUCAUUACAGGGGACAGUGUAAACAUGAAUUCUUAUGGAAUUAUCAAUAUACCAUCAACUGCAGUAACUACUGCUUUUAAUAAUAGCAAUGCGGACAGAGUUUUGGUGUCACUAGUGGCGUUUAAGAACUUGGAAGAUUAUAUGCCACCUGAAACAACAGAUGUCGAUAUUCGUCAGCACUCAGUUGCUGCACUACGGAACACAAAUGAAAUAGUCCCAACAGCCAAUAUCAUAUCAGCUUCUAUAGUUGCUACAUCUGAUGGUGCAAAGUACAGACGUAACUAUCAACCACUUCAUUUAUCUAAUGCAUCUGCAGUGUACAUUAAUUAUACAUUAGAGGUGAAAGAAAUUGAUGAUGAUGCAGAAUGUGUAUUUUGGCAGUUUGCCAAUGGCUCAGAGCUUGGACAGUGGUCUGUAGAAGGACUUACAACUGAGAUACUAACUGGUGGGAGGGUUGUGUGUACAAGUACACAUUUGACAAGUUUCUCUGUUCUUGUUGCAGUAGAGGAAGCACCAACCGAUGUUCUUCUUUCACACAUCACCUACGUUGGAUGUGGCAUCUCUCUUGUUGGUUUAUUCGUGACUCUCGUCUGUCUUGUGUACUUACGGAAGCAACUUCACUCAGAGAAAAACUUUAUCACCAUUAACUUCAUUAUUUCUCUUAUAUUGGCCUUGAUUUUCUUUAUUGCUGGUAUUGAUCAGGCCAGUAACGAAACAAAAUGCAAGGCUAUGACAAUGAUCAUGCACUAUUUGUUUCUUACUGUGUUCUGUUGGAUGCUGUGUGAAGCCAUUAUUUUAUAUCGCUUUGUGGUUGUUGUAUUUGACAGUGGAGAGAGACACAAGAAGAAAUAUUUUGCAUUGGGUUGGGGUGUGCCAAUGGUAAUUGUUGCUGUUAGUGUUGGAAUUAGAUACAAGGAAUAUGGCAGCUAUAGCUACUGUUUUCUUACUCAUCACGAAGGGCUGAUUUAUGCAUUUGUUGGUCCAAUGUGUGUCAUUUUUCUUUUUAAUCUAGUGAUGUUUCUGGCUGCAGUGAAGGUUGUAGUGUCUCAGAGUCAACUGCUUCAUGAUGAUGGCACAAAGACUCGAUUCAAAAUGGUCAGGUCUGGGUUAAAAGCUAUGGGAGUGUUGUUGCCAGUGUUGGGAUUGACUUGGGUUGUUGGUGUAUUUGCUGUUGACACCUUGUCUCGUCCAUUGACCUAUGCAUUUACUAUAUUGAAUACUUUGCAGGGCUUAUUUGUGUUUGUGUUUCAUUGUUUGCUCAAUGAGCAGGUAAGGAAAGAAUUAAAACUUAAGAAACAGCAACAGGCAGUGCGAAAAGCAAUGAAGGUAUCAGAUCAAGACACCAUCACAAAGGAUGUAAAUAGCUUACAACAAUCAAACAAGACUACUAGUAGUUCUGGAGGUCGACGAAGUGUACAAUCUGCAUCUUCAGAAUUUACUUUUGUGAACCCCAAGAGUGCUGAGACUUUCUCAUUGGACAUCUUAACUGAGUCUCCGAACAUGGUCAAAUUGCCUGACAGCAUCGAAAAUAUAUGUAAAAUUGGUGAAACUUGAAGAAUGAAACAUCACAUCAUGUACUAGAAGUUUGUUAGUGAGCAAGUGGACGUAAUUAUUGUAGUAGGCUUGCUUGAAGUUUCUUCAUGUAGCUAGAACUGUAGAAUAUUUCUCAAACUGUUAGUAUUUGUAGUGAUAAUUUAGCUGUUGCUAGAGGAUUUGUAGUGAGAUAGUAAGCUUUAAUUUGCAGCAAGGCCAGUCAAUUUUUACUGAA